CCGCUUCUGUGUCAAUCCCAGGCUACACACUAAAUUCCUGCUCAUAUCUCUGGACUUGUCAAAACAUUCCCUCUGCACACAGCGCCGAGGUCACUAAUCAUCUUCUCAUCGAAGCCAAAGAAACACAACCAGAACUCAGACGUUACAUCACCUGUGCUGUCGGUGACUCAAACAGCAGAUUUGCUCUGACUGACGUCUCCUGGUGUUACACUUCUCCGGUUCAAAGCAUCUGCCCAAAAUCGUCGUCGCACUACGUUUUGGACGUUUCCUGGGUAUUGACCGAACGUUGUGCUGUUUUCCGUGGUGACACUCCAGAGGGACUCUGAGGGAUCGCCCCCCCCGAAAGGAACAUGUGCUAGAAGUUCACCCGUCCUCAACGACUGGUCGCCUUUGACUCUAGAAGAUGAACAAUGAGGAUGAGUUCUACGACGCCGUCACAGGCCUGGAUUCUGACGAGUCCUAUGAAGGGGUGUCGGAGGCCAGUUUCAAAGAUGCGCUGGUGUUUGACGGCAGCAGCCAGAAGAACAACGGGUCGGUGCCACAGGAGAACGGCAUCAAGAAGCACCGGACGUCAUUACCUGCCGCCAUGUUUUCGAGAACCACUGUCAGUAUCUGGAACAUCCUGAAGAAAUGCAUUGGACUGGAACUCUCAAAGAUCACGAUGCCCAUCGCCUUCAACGAGCCUCUGAGCUUCCUGCAGAGAAUCACCGAAUACAUGGACCACACUUACCUCAUCAACAGAGCCUGCUCUCUGCCCGACUCCAUACAGCGCAUGCAGGCAGUAGCUGCUUUUGCUGUGUCAGCAGUUGCGUCUCAGUGGGACAGAACUGGAAAACCCUUCAACCCUCUGCUGGGAGAGACCUAUGAGCUCACAAGAGAGGAUCAGGGUUUCCGGCUGGUGUCGGAGCAGGUAUCCCAUCAUCCCCCAGUCAGUGCCUUCCAUGCAGAGAGUCUGGUCGGGGACUUCGUCUUCCACGGCUCCAUCUACCCCAAACUUAAGUUCUGGGGCAAGAGCGUUGAGGCUGAGCCCAAAGGGACCAUCACACUAGAGUUACUCAAGCACAACGAGGCGUACACAUGGAGUAACCCUUACUGCUGUGUGCACAACAUCAUCCUGGGCAAGCUAUGGAUCGAGCAGUACGGCACAGUGGAAAUCCUCAACCACAGCACUGGAGACAAGUGUGUGUUGAAUUUCAAGCCCUGUGGGAUGUUUGGCAAAGAGCUGCACAAAGUGGAGGGAUACAUCCAGGAUAAGAGUAAAAAGAAGCACUGUGUCAUCUAUGGGAAGUGGACCGAGUGCAUGUGGAGCGUCGACGCUCAGGCCUACGAGGCCCACAAGAAGUCGGAGAGGAGAGGAGACAACAAGAAGCAGAAAAAUGAGGAGCAGGAGGGAGCGGAGAACGAUGACGCAGACGACAUGCCCGAAGUACAGGAGACGGUUUCUGUUGUACCAGGAAGCACUCUGCUGUGGAGGAUAGACUCCAGACCGGCACACUCUGCUGAGAUGUACAACUUCACCAACUUUGCCAUGUCUCUCAAUGAGCUGGAGCCCGGCAUGGAGGCCAACGUGGCCCCCACAGACUGUCGCCUCAGGCCGGACAUCAGAGCCAUGGAGAAUGGCAUCAUGGAUGAGGCCAGCCGGGAGAAGGAGAGACUGGAGGAGAAACAGAGAGCGUCCAGAAAGGAGAGAGCCAAGAAUGAGGAGGAGUGGUCUACCAGGUGGUUUCAGAUGGGCACCAACCCGUAUACCAACUCCCAGGGCUGGCUUUACACCGGCGGCUACUUCAAUAGGAACUACCAAGACCUGCCUGAUAUCUACUGAAAGCCCGCUAGCCUUCAUCCGCCUCCUCCUCUACAAUGACCUGUCUGUCACGACAUGGAGAGAAUUGUUAAGAAUCCACAUACCCAUCUUCAUCUUCAUCAUCAUCAUCAUUGUCGUCUUUAAACCGACACACCCAGCACAGAGUGGAAAGACUUACAAAGGAUCCAAAUACCCGUCACUCCUCUUAAACAGCUGCCUGCUUGAUGACGACUAAGUCUUCAGGUCUUUUUUUUUUUAUUUAUUUAUUUUUUUUUUUAAAUCUUCACUUCCAGUCUUAUUCUCAUCAUUUGUGGUUUCACAUCACAUAACGACCAGCACAUGUUUCCCAUCUCUCUGCCCAUGGCAUCGCUUAGGGCACAAGAACCAUUUUAUUUCUGCAGAGAGCUGGUACGACAAUUAACGGCCCACAAACCCUCAGAUCUGAAUGUUUAAACGUCUUCACAAUCAAACCCUCACCACCUGCCGAGCCUCCGGACGAAGACGACACUUUGAAAACCCUCACGUGUGUCAUUAAUGAGUGAAUACGAGCUGCAGCAACAUGAAGUAAAACAUAAUAAUCACAUUGGUGGAUUCAUGGACGGACACCCAGUCAGCAGGGGAAUCAGGGAUGUGAACGCUCCUUGACUGAAGAUGAAUCUUGAGGAUGCUUUUUCUUUUUUUUUUUUUUCUUUUUAAAAAGCUCAGAAAAUAAAUAUGAGUACUCUUUAAGGAACAAAACUAUAAAGAAAUACUAGUUUAAAUACUGAUUUAACCGGUCAAGAUAAAUCGAAUGCAUCCAUGUGUUGUAUCCCUAAAACAUUUAGUGUCCACUGUUAGCCUCCCAUUGACCUCCUGCUUAAGGUUUAUGUAUUGAAAUAAGCCUACUACUAGAACUACGGGUGUUUCCUCGACAGCAGAGUGGAAUGUGCAGCUGGAGUGAGACCAGACCUGGGAUCAGAAAAGAAACCCCCUCUGAUGUUCUCCUACAGGGCAACACAUGAAUGAACAGAGCACAGGUUCACCGAUGACGCUGUUAAAGUAGCAUUGUACAGUAUGAAGAACGGCCCUCAGUGAGUCCACCCCAUUACAUUCCUCGUGUGAAUGAGUGUAUAAAUAAUGCACAGACGCUUAUUAAGCCAUAUUAACUACUAGAGAGGGAGAGAAUUUGCUGUGUGAGUGAUGGGAAUUUGACAAUGUGAAGAUUUUACAUUACUAUUAAUCUCACUCAUGAAGGCACGAUUAUAGAAUAAGAAAACAUUAUUCAUGUCGGCGUAAUGUACUGUAACAUGCUAUGUUAGAUGUUGCUGUGCGGCUGGAUCAGAUGUUAGAGAUUUGAUGUUUAGAGGUCGCCUGCAAAACUCACUGAGAUGUAAAAUGACUACAAAGCAACACAAAACAACUACAGAGGUAAAGUUACCACAACAAAAAACUACACACACACACACACACACACACACACACACACACCUGUCCUGGUCGUCUUGCCCCCCACACAGGAGGGCCCAGCGGUCUGUUGUCUCAUCAUCCGUCCAUGUUCGUUCUUCUGAUACUGAUUGUAGUAAAAAGGAGCCGCUUAUCAACA